AUGAAAGCUAUAUUAGCUAUUUUCUUUAUUCUGGUCCUUCUUGACCCUGCCACACUUUUACAUUUAAGUUUGAAGGAGAGAAAAUCUCCUCUAAGAACUUCUUCUUCUGAGGUAGUAUCGGAGGCCAUCCAGAAGUUACAGGAAGUUUUUGCCUUCGGAGAACUGCCUCACAACAUCACACCUGCCAAAAAGCCUCCUCAGUUCAUGUUGGAACUCUACAGUCGAGUUGCUGGACCAGAUGGAAGCACCAAGGCACCUGGAAUACUAGAAGGCAAUGUUGUGAGAAGCUUUGAGAACAAAGUGCUCUCAGAAGCAGGAACUUCAUUUUUUUUCUUCAACAUUUCAUCGGUUGGAAGGAAGGAACGAAUGUUGAAAGCUGAGCUUCGAGUGUUCAAGUGGAAGCCUCUUGGAAUGCCAGCCAGAUAUCAUUUUUGUAGGGUAGACGUGUAUGAGCUCUUAGACAGUGCAUCAAGACCAUGGAGAGGAAACUUAAUUACUUCUCGACUUCUUCCACUGCAUUCACAAGGCUGGGAGAUGUUUAACGUCACUCAAACAGUAUCUGGAUGGGUUGGAGAUGACAGCACCAAUCAUGGUUUUCUUAUUACUUUUACUUUACCAUCAGGGAAUUUCCUAGAUACAGAUCUCUCUGGGCUGACUAAGCAGAAUCUAGAUAGUAAAAGAUCUUAUCUGGUCCUCUUCAGUGAUGAUGGCAGAAGAGGAGUUCCAAACCCAUACAUGCCACCAGCAAAGGCAAAAGAGACAGGUAUUUCCCUCUCAUCUGAAGACUCUUUACAUCCAACAACAUACAAAAGUCGGAAAGCUAGGGACGUGUAUCCUGAUAGAUAUCCUUCAUGUCAGCGGAAGCCCCUGUAUGUGGACUUUGAAGACAUUGGCUGGGCUGGCUGGAUUAUCUCCCCCAAAGGAUAUAAUGCUUAUCAUUGUACAGGCACAUGUAUCUUCCCUAUGGGGAAGGGGUUAGGUGCCACAAAUCAUGCUACUGUGCAGUCUAUUGUUCAUGCUUUAAAGCUAAACAAGGAUAUCGCCACCCCAUGUUGUGUCCCUGAUAGGCUUAAUUCUAUUAACUUACUAUACUUUGAUGAUGAAGAGAAUGUCGUACUAAAACAGUAUGACGACAUGGUGGCUGUAAGCUGUGGCUGUCAUUGA